CUUUCCCCCCCCCCUAAAACACUAUAUAGACCCUGACCGGACGGCCAGUAUGGAAAGGAAAUCCAAACAAGCAAGCAACUCUACAUUUUCUACUCCCCAACCCAACUCGCCUUGACUCUCCCUCGCCCUUUGGGUGUCGGAGUAGUGCCUGUGUGCCUUUACUCCUUGGACUCACACAAUCGAGUGCGCCAUUUACAGCCAAACCCCACCUACAAUGUCCUACGCCUCUUCUUUCCUCUUCACCAAACCGACCCCUCCGCUAGUGCGCCCCCAACGUCGCUCCCCCUUCGCGACCAAAUCCUCGCUCCAUCUCCACCUCUGCCUUGUGUCCGGCGAGAAAUAUGAACAGGAAAGCAGUGCCAAGCAGCCCGACCUUCGCCGGUGCAUCGGCCACGCCCGCAUCCAUGACAAGUCUAUGGAGCUCGUCAAGCGGGACAUCCAGGUCCACAUCCGCUCCAUGGGCAGCGACAGCGACGAUGACCUCGACAACGAUCUGCCCGUGCCUCCCCGUCGUUCCCGCCGCGGUUCCAAGUCCUCCGCUGCUUCUGCCCCGCUGAAGUCGGCUGCAGUCAAGUCGACCGCCGUGAAGUCGCCCUCCGUGAAGACACCCUCUGUGAAGUCUGCCCCGGUCACUACCGAGAAGAAGAGCCUCCUCGACAAGGGCCGCCGCUGCAUGGAGAAGAUCUUCUCCCGCCGGAGUGGCAGUGCGCAUUGGUCUCAAUCCGGAGUCCCUGUCGUCGCCUGUUGAAAUGGGUUACUAUUCAGCCCAAACACUACUCUCCUCACUCGGUCUUGAACACGCCUCAUCACUUUUGAUCAACUCAAACUCCACCACCCAUCACCGGUCUCACCAGACCCAGGGACUCACGCCGUGUCCGGUCUUUCUCCAUCUCCGACCCUACCGGCAGUACUCUCAUCCGACCAGACCGACCCCAUCACAGGAUCAUCACCCCCUCAGGACAACAGCGACUGACGCUCUCAACCGAUCGAGAGCUU